UUGGUAUAAGGUUGCUGAGGAUGGAGCUGCCAGGCAAAAGGGCAAGAGGAAGACCAAAGAAAAGGUUGAUGGAUGUUGUGAGGGAGGACAUGAGGACAGUGGGUGUUAGAGAGGAGGAUGCAAGUGAUAGGCUGAGAUGGAAAAAGAUGACACGCUGUGGCGACCCCUAACGGGACAAGUCGAAAGGAAAAGAAGAAGAAGAAGAUUUGUAUUUCGUUUGAAUUUAAUGCUAACAAGCUAUACAAAUCACGUCCAUCCAUCCAUCCAUUCUUUUGGAUGCUUAUCCUCACAAGGGUCGCGAAGAGUGCUGGAGCCUAUCAACAGCUGUCAACAGGCAGGAGGUGGGGUACACCCUGAUCUGGUUGCCAGCCAAACACCCGCGCUCACAAUCACACCUAGGGGGAAUUUAGAGUGUCCAAUUAAUGUUGCAUGUUUUUGGGAUGUGGGAGGAAACUGGAGUGCUGGAGUAAACCAAUGCAAUCACGGGGAGAACGUGCAAACUCCACACAGGCGGGCCCAGGAUUGAACCAGGGACCUCAGAACUGUGAGGCCAACGCUUUACCAGUUGAGGCACCGUGCCGCACAAAUCACGUGUAUUAUUAAAUAAUCAAGAGUUUGAUUUCAAAACAGUACAUCACAAAUGUGAUGCAUGUAUUUUAGUUUACCUGUUCUUCAAAAUUUUGUGAGCUAGUUUGGUUGGAAGUCUCCAUUUAUGCUGCAACCAGACGCACUGUUGAAGCCAGAACGGUGACUCUACUCGAGUCUUAAUCGGUGUCGCCAUCCAUGGUAAAACUGCAAGCAAGCGUUGUUCAGUGAAGAAUUGAGAGCAAGAGAAAAUAAAACAGAGAGAGUAGAAAUCGAGAGCAAAGAGAAUGGGAGCGAGUGUGGAACUCAGAUAGUGAGAGGUGCCUUUGAAUAAGUUAGUGAGCACUUUAAAUGUUGGGGGCCCUCUUGCUUUUUUUAUGCGUACACAAUAAUAAUCUUCCGCCAAACACAAUAUUAAUUUUACCACUUCAGUUUCAGUUUUUACGCUCAUUUCGAUGUAGUUUGAGCUCUCAUUUUAUUGAUAGCCACCUGAUGCCAUAGUAACAUCUGGCAAAUACAACCCGCGCUACUGCACGUUGAUUUUCUCAGAUUGGAACUUUUUUUUUUUUUCCAUCAUUAGAUGCAAAAAUUAAAAUCACAAAUUUAAUUCAAUGGGCCAGUUCUACGAUGAUGAGCACUGUAUGUUAACAAUGCCCCCAUGGCUAACCACAAUGGCAUGGUAAGUUUGGGUAAAAUAUUAACCUUUCAAAUAUUUGCAAGCUUUUUUAUUUAUUUACAAGAACUUUGUACUGCACUGGGCUGUUUGGCCAUGAAACUCACCUACAUAAUAAUGUUGUACUGUACAGUAAUAUGAGAGCAAAUGGCCUCAUAAAUGGCUGUCAAGGACAAUCAGGUAUACCUAACCCACCAAUUAGUCCAUUCUUUCAAAACACAACUACAUCAUCUGCAAAAAGCAGCGCUGCAAUACUGAGGUCACCGAACCGGUCCCCCUCUAUGCCUUGGCUACGCCUAGAGAUUCUCUCCAUAAAAUUCUGAACAGAAUCUAUGACAAAGGACAGCCAAGUCUCACCAGAAACGAGUCCGACUUACUGCCGGUAAUCGGGAUCAAACUCUUACACCAGUUCCACAGGGACCAAAUAGUCCAUAUCAGGGGAUUCAGUAGCCCAUACUCCUGAAACACCCCCAGAGUACUCCCGAGAGACACGGUUGAAUGCUUUCUCCAAGUCCACAAAACACAUGUAGACUGGUUGGGUGAACUUCCAUGCACUUUCUGUCAUGCCCCUGGCAUCCUCCCCAGGCUGGGCGUGGUCAGCCAAUUAGUCGGCACACACCUGCACCCUGUUUCGGCUGAUUACACCCGGUACUUAUAGGACACGGGGGACAACUAGUCCUCCGCCGGAUCGUUGAUUCUCAUGCCUCGUUCCCGCACUCCCGUAUACCUGACCUACCGUGUACCGACCCUCGCCUAUUCCCUGACCAUCCUCGUAAGCCUGCCUCUUCUGAUACUGCUGCUUUUCCUGACUGACUCGCUGAUCAUUGACCACGGACCGAAUAAAGGCUUUCUGUACACUACCUGCUUGCCUCUGGAGUCGUCCAUUUGCGUCCGCCCUCGAGCCUCGUUCGUAACACUUUCGAGGACUCUGCCAAGGCUGUAGAGCUGCUCCACUGUUCUACUUCCAGGACGAAAACCACAUUGCACCUCCUGAAUCUGAGAUUCGAUUUCUCGACAGACUCUCCUCUCCAGCCUCCCUGAAUAGACCUUACCAAGGAGGUUGAGAAGUGUGUUCCCCCUGUAGGUGUAACACAGACUCUGGUCCCCCUUCUUAAAAAAGGGACCACCAACUUAGUCUGCCAAUUUCUGUGGCCACAUGAUGUUCCAGAGGCGUGUAAACCAGGGCAGCCCCACAACAUCCAGCGCCUUUAGGAACUCCGGGCGAAUCUAAUCCACCCCCGGGGCCUAGAAACUGGAGAGUUUUUUUUUAACCACCUCAGUGACCUCAACCCCAGAGGUAGGAGAGCCCCCUCAGAGAACUCAGACUUUGCCACCUCAAGGGAAGGCACGGCGUUUUCAAAGUACUCUCCCCCACUUACUCACAACGUUCCGAGUUGAGGUCAGCAGCACCCCAUCCCCACGAUACACAAUGUUGACAGUGCACUGCUUCCCCAUUCUGAGAUGACCAGAAUUUUCUCAAAGCUGUUUGGAAACCUUUCUCCUUGGCCUCACCAAACUCCUCCCAUGUCCCAAGUUUUUUGCUUCAGCAACCACCAAAGCUGAAUUCCGCUUGGCUAGCCAGUACCCAUCAGCUACUUCAGGAGUCACACAGGCCCAAAAACCCCGAUAGGACUUUCUUUAGCUUGACUGCGUCGCUUACCUUUGGUCUUCAUCAACGGGUUUGAGGAUUGCAUGGAAAAGGCUGCGAGAACUAAAGUGAAUUACGGGACACAUAGACCGUCGACACUUCAAAGGUACGUCAGAGUAAUAAAUAUGCAUUCUUCAAUUCGGUGCCAGGCAGCAUUGGGUCUUGCCUUCCCCCUUACACACUCCCCACAACUGGGGUAGCCUACAGGCUUGACCACAUGUCAUCAACAGCUGCUGGAUGGCAUUUUAUGAGCUGUGUCUAGUGUGUUGCAUAAUUUAACAAUUCCCCAUUUGUUUACGCAAGAGUCCAGGAGUACAAAAUCCUUCAUUACUUUACCAACCAGUGACUGAUUAAAGGAAGUGCAUGUCUACUCGAAGCUGCUGAAUAGUCAAGAGAAGAUGGAGAAACUCUUGGUUGUUAUGGUGAUGCUUGCAUCAUGUUGCGCAGAAACCAGAGAUCUUACUGGCAAAGUAUUUGUUUUCCCGAAGGAGACUUCCCAAGAUCACGUGAAACUGUUGACACCCAAAACAUCAUUUGGUGCAGUGACCGUCUGUCUCCGAUUCCUCACAGAUCUCACCAGGAACUACGGCCUCUUCUCUGUGGCCACACCAGCCUCCAGCAAUGAAUUUGUGCUCUUCAAGUUGAACACGGACGGUGCGAUCAGUGUACAGACACGGAAUGGCGGCACACACUUCCUGUCUCUGUCUUUUCCUCCCAACUCCUGGCACACCUUGUGCUCCACCUGGAACUCUGCAAAUGGCAUCGGGCAGCUUUGGGUGGAUGGCAAACCCACCAUCAAAAGAAUUGUCCAUUCAGGGCGGCCUAUUAGUGGCAAGCUCAUCACAAUCUUGGGCCAGGAGCAGGACACUUACGGGGGAGGCUUUGACGCCUCUCAGUCCUUCAUCGGCAUGAUCUCUCGACUUCACAUGUGGGACUACGUACUCUCGCCUAGUGAGAUCCGACGCUAUGAAGUAGAGUCAAACUUCACUCCUGGAAAUGUGUUCAACUGGAGAGCCCUCGACUUUGAAAUCACUGGCAACAUUUUUGUGGACGAUGAGGUCAUGUAGAAGCAGGCAAUUAUCACAUCCAUCUAUGGUCGACAGCAGUGGUUGUCAAACUUUUUGUGUCUUGGGACCCCACAUGGGGGGGACAUUUUCCUAGAGAACUCCCCCAUAAUCAUAAUUCCAACCAAAUAUAACUACCAUAGAAUGACAUAAGAAUCAUAGUUGCCUGUUUUUGAGAAAGGUUGAAAUGUUAGUUUGUUUUUGACAAAAUUAUGUUUAUGAGAAUUGUCGUACAAGCCAAAUUUGUCAAGAUACAAAAAAUCACAACAUAUUUUGUCAGAAUAAAGUUUUAAUCUUUUGAAAAGUGUUUUUUCAUUUCAGUUCUAAAGUUCUUAAAGUUUGACUUUGUUCUUUUGUUAAACUAUGAUUGUAAUGUCUUUAUCAUUCAACUAUAAUUAUUAAUCUGUGGCCAAAGGCAAUUGGUUUUGCACCAAGACAGCAAUGUCAGCCUACUAGAACUGUUUUAAUUAAUUUGAGACCAUUUAAAUGAUGGCAGUUGUGUGCGGACACCAUUUUAACAUUGAAUUGGUUAAUUCUGAACACAGCCACCCCCAAUUAUAAGAGGCUGUGCACACUUGUGCAACCAUCAAUUGUUUUACUUCAUCUUUCUGAAGAUGUCAGCUUCUUUUUUUUAAUUGAGGUGAACAUGUUAUAGGUGACAUUAAAGCUUUGUUUUUAAUAGAAUUUAUCUGUCUCAUUGUUCAAACAUCCUGAAAUCCAGGCUUUUGAAUAGGUAUGUUUGAACUUUCAGUAUCAACCGAAUGUCACAUACCAUCCAAAUUUUUUAUUUGCCCAAAGCUAAGAAUUGCGGACCCCAGUUUAAGAAUACCUGCUCUAAAAAAAAAAAAAAAAAAAAAUACUAAAUACGGCCUUGCUCAAUAAAAUGAAUGCCUGAACAACUUGGUGUAACAUCUUUGACA